CGCGAGUCACACACACGCGCACGCACACCAGCGCAGCGGCUACAUUUUUUUUCGAGUGUGUUCGACAUUCAUAAUUUUUGUGGUGGAGCUGCCAGAAAAAAGCGAGAAAUUAUCAAUUUGCCAACGCAAAAUUGGCCCCAACUGCAUUGCAAAUUCAACAAUAACUUGGCGCCGCAUCGCUCUCUUCGAGAAGCCCUAGACAUAAUCCACGUCCCCAGUUCAUCCCAGAAGUGAAGAGGAAGCAGCUGAAAGAUGUCGAGUCUGCCACGUCGCAUCAUCAAGGAGACACAGCGUCUGAUGCAGGAGCCUGUGCCCGGGAUCAAUGCCAUUCCCGAUGAGAACAAUGCACGUUACUUUCAUGUGAUCGUCACCGGACCCAAUGAUUCGCCCUUUGAGGGCGGGGUCUUCAAGCUGGAGCUCUUCCUGCCGGAGGACUAUCCCAUGUCGGCGCCCAAGGUGCGCUUCAUCACCAAGAUCUAUCAUCCGAACAUCGAUCGUUUGGGCCGCAUUUGCCUGGACGUGCUGAAGGACAAGUGGAGUCCGGCCCUGCAGAUCCGCACCAUCUUGCUGUCCAUUCAGGCCCUGCUCAGCGCACCCAAUCCCGAUGAUCCGCUGGCCAACGAUGUGGCCGAGUUGUGGAAGGUCAACGAGGCGGAGGCCAUUCGCAAUGCCCGCGAGUGGACCCAGAAAUACGCCGUCGAAGACUGAACGCCCGAGGUCAGGAGGUGGGUCAGGAAGCGGAUCCGGCAGUUGUAUCGGCGAUUUUCCAGAAAGUGGGUGCGCGACUUGGACGGGCGGGUGGGGAAAAUGCAUACUUUAAAAACAACCAGAAAAACCUAAAGCAAACGAAAAUUGGGGAAAAUGCAUACUUUAAAAACAACCAGAAAAACCUAAAGCAAACGAAAACGAAGAAAACAUAAACACAUAAGAAAAAAAGAAAGAAAGAUUUAAAAAGAAUUUUUUUUUUUCGAACCUUCUGGGGCGGGAUAUACCAUAUAAUAUACAUAUAUUUUUUUGCAAACAAUCGAUCGGGGCGAUCGGCAAAUGGAGGAGAGAUAGCGAAAGCAUUCAUUAUGUAAGUCAUAUACAAUACAUGUAUCCGAAGAAAAACAAACACAGUAAUUGGUUUUAAUCGUUUCUAUUGAUUUGUUCGACGGGUUCUGGUGUCUAUAUAUAUGCAUAUAGCCGUAUAUAUUUAUAUGUGUAACUGAAAAUAACCAACCCAUAAACAUUAACCCAUGUAGCAUCAGAUAAAUAAAUCAAUUGGAAAGGCAACUAGAAGGGAUUUCGAUUUUCAUUUUGAUUUCUUUUCACUUGUACAUUCGAUUAAAAAACUCUGCUUAAUGUCUAUUCAAAAUAGAGAGUUUUGGAUUGUAUCAUUUUCAAUGUCUUGAUAAAUUUCGGAUGUGAUCGUCAAUUUUGUAGACUUCGUAUUUUCUUCUUUACUAAGAGAGAGAGUUCACCAUUUUGAUUGAUACUUGAGCUUUGCCUGGGUUGUGUCAGAGUCCCUUUGAUAAACGAUAAAUGGUUUUACUCGAAAACAAUUUUUUUUAACCAAACGAAGAAGCCUUUAAGCUAUUAGUAAUUUUUGAAAAAAUAUAUAUAAAAUAUGAUAAAAAGAUAAAAACAAAAAAAAUGAAUGCAUACACUAUAUAUUUAUACAAAACAUAAGAAGUAGUGGCUUGAUUGCGUGAAAAUCUUCAAGAGCAGUUCUCAACAAAAAUUGUGUACAGUAAUUAACCUUUUUCACCCAAAUCACUAAAGGAUAAACCGCAAAACAAUAGCAACCAUAAA